CUGUGGGUCGCCGCAGGUGGUGGGAGUUUUGGCAGCCCGGGCCUGAAAGAGGUCAAGGGUCAUUGCAGAGCCAGGGAGGAGAUGGUGAAGCAGACUAUCCAGAUAUUCGCGAGGGUGAAGCCCCCUGUCCGGAAGCACCAACAAGGGAUUUAUUCCAUAGAUGAAGAUGAAAAAUUAAUACCCAGCUUGGAAAUUAUCUUACCACGUGAUUUGGCAGAUGGAUUUGUGAAUAAUAAGCGAGAAAGCUACAAAUUUAAAUUUCAAAGAAUUUUUGAUCAGGAUGCAAACCAAGAGACCAUUUUUGAAAACAUUGCCAAACCAGUUGCUGGGAGUGUCCUGGCAGGUUACAAUGGUACCAUCUUUGCAUAUGGGCAAACAGGCAGCGGGAAGACAUUCACUAUCACAGGGGGUGCAGAGCGUUACAGUGACAGAGGCAUUAUCCCAAGGACACUGUCAUAUAUUUUUGAACAGUUACAAAAGGACAGCAGCAAAAUGUAUACAACGCACAUUUCCUAUUUGGAAAUCUACAAUGAAUGUGGUUAUGAUCUUUUGGAUCCAAGACAUGAAGCCUCCAGUUUGGAUGAUUUGCCGAAAGUGACAAUACUGGAGGAUCCUGAUCAGAACAUUCACCUGAAAAACUUGACUCUCCAUCAGGCAACCACAGAGGAAGAAGCUCUGAAUUUGCUUUUUUUAGGAGACACCAACCGAAUGAUUGCAGAGACUCCUAUGAACCAAGCUUCAACCCGUUCCCACUGCAUUUUCACCAUUCAUUUGUCAAGCAAGGAACCAGGAUCUGCAACUGUACGACAUGCCAAACUUCAUCUGGUUGACCUGGCUGGUUCAGAGCGAGUCGCAAAGACCGGAGUAGGGGGCCAUCUUCUAACAGAGGCCAAAUAUAUCAACUUGUCACUACAUUACUUAGAACAGGUUAUCAUUGCCCUUUCAGAAAAGCACCGUUCGCACAUUCCUUAUAGAAACUCCAUGAUGACCAGUGUCCUAAGAGACAGUUUGGGAGGGAACUGCAUGACAACUAUGAUUGCAACACUCUCCUUGGAGAAAAGGAAUCUUGAUGAGUCUAUAUCUACCUGCAGAUUUGCACAGCGAGUGGCACUCAUAAAGAAUGAAGCCGUUCUUAAUGAAGAAAUUGAUCCCAGAUUGGUGAUUAAACGCCUACAAAAGGAAAUCCAGGAACUGAAGGAUGAACUGGCCAUGGUCACUGGGGAGCAGAGGACAGAGGCACUCACAGAAGCAGAGCUCUUUCAGCUGGAAAAACUAAUAACAUCCUUUUUGGAAGACCAGGAUCCAGAGAGUAGAUUAGAGGUUGGCGCGGAUAUGCGUAAAGUUCAACACUGUUUUCACCAUUUAAAGAAACUAUUGAAUGACAAGAAGAUCCUUGGAAACAAUACAGUCUUCUCUGAAAGCAAAGACCAAGAUUGUCAAGAACCAUUGAAAGAAGAAGAAUAUAGAAAGCUACGAGAUAUUCUAAAACAGAGAGAUAACGAAAUCAAUAUCCUGGUCAACAUGUUAAAAAAAGAAAAGAAGAAAGCUCAGGAGGCUCUCCACUUGGCUGGCAUGGAUAGACAUGAAUUCAGACACUCCCAGAGCCCACCCUUCCCCCUGGGAAACCCAGAAGAAGGUCAAAGAAUGCAACUAUCCUCAGCUCCCUCACAGGCCCAGGACUUCAGCAUUUUGGGGAAAAGAUCCAGUUUGCUCCACAAGAAAACAGGAAUGAGAGAGGAAAUGUCAUUAGGAUGCCAGGAGGCUUUUGAAAUCUUCAAGAGGGACCACGCUGACAGCGUUACGAUCGAUGACAACAAACAGAUUCUGAAACAGAGAUUUUCUGAAGCCAAGGCCCUGGGAGAAAGUAUAAAUGAAGCAAGAAGUAAAAUUGGUCACCUGAAGGAAGAAAUCACCCAGCGGCAUAUACAGCAAGUAGCCCUAGGAAUCUCGGAAAACAUGGCCGUGCCUCUGAUGCCAGACCAGCAGGAGGAGAAGCUGCGAUCACAACUGGAGGAAGAAAAGAGAAGGUAUAAAACAAUGUUCACUCGCCUGAAGGCCCUGAAGGUGGAGAUCGAGCACUUGCAGCUGCUCAUGGACAAAGCCAAGGUGAAGCUACAGAAAGAAUUUGAAGUCUGGUGGGCAGAGGAGGCCACCAACCUGCAGGUAAAUUCUCCAGCAGUGAAUUCACUCGAUCACACGAAGCCGCUUCUCCAGACAUCUGACUCCCAGCAUGAACGAUCCCAACUCCUCUCUAACAAAAGUUCUGGAGGCUGGGAAGUCCAAGGUCAAGGCACUGGCAGAUUCGAUGUCUGUGAUGUGAAUGCCAGGAAAAUCCUGCCCUCGCCUUGCCCCAGUCCACACAGCCAGAAACAGAGCAGCACCAGCACCCCACUGGAAGACAGCAUCCCCGAGAGGCCAGUGUUGUCCAUCCCUCUCACCGGAGACAGCCAGACGGACUCCGACAUCAUGGCCUUCAUCAAGGCCAGACAGAGCAUUCUGCAGAAGCAAUGUUUGGGAAGCAAUUGAAUUUCCAGGACAUAUCCAGCCAUGCAUUAUGCCAGCAAGAAUGAAGUACAGAUGAAGGCAGCGCCCCUCACUUGCUCUGGCUUCAGAAGUGAACUAUGGGCUGCUGGGAGCAACUAGUGACUUUGAUUCCCAUGGAGGGGGCUGUGUUUCUUUAAGGAUGCUGACCUGGAGGCCACUGAGAAGCUGGGGCCGGGGCUGACCAUGACAUCCUUCCUGUGGUUACUGGAGCUGCUGGCAGGGCCAGGCAAUGCCAGAGUGCUAGGGGCAGGGUGAAGGCUUCAGCUCCUGUUGUAGUGAUGUUUUGUGUAGAUCAUUAUAAACUUUUGAGAAUGUGAAAUAGCACCAUCAUGAUAUAAUGUCAGGGGACGCUCACAUCAGUGGAAUGUGGGGCGAAUAUUUUUAUUUUUAGUGAUUUUCCAGCUCUCUCCCUUGGCCCGUGCUCUGGUUUGGAAGCCCAGAAAUGGCCAUGACAGGUCCAGGCAGGAUGUCCCAGCCGCAGGCAAGGCAGUGAAAUGCAGGGCACCCGGAAGGCCAAUCCUGAUCUCCCAGACCACAUCUUUCACCAUCAGCCUCUUGGCCAGGAUGACCUGGAGGCAGUGCCUGAACAGCUGUGUCUCCAGGGAGCCAUCUGCCCUGCAGGGUCUAAGGACAUCAUAGCACCCAGAGAACAGCGGGCAGCUCCCAGGGGCUCUGCUGAGCACUUGAGAGAGGGCAAUGUGGGUACCUUGGGCCUCACAACCUUCAUCCAGCCACUUGGGCCCUUGCAGGAUUUGGGCCGACACUCCCCACUUCCACAGGGAAAAACAUAGCUGCCUGGGGGUCUUGUCUCCAUGGGCCCUCUCCAUGACAGAUCCAAGGGAAGGUGGGAGGCCCUCAAGGAGGUUCUUGAAGAACUGCCCCCUGGGCCAGGGGGUUCCAACCCAGCUGCGUCCAGGGAGGGGCAGCAGAGGGUGAGCAGGAGCGGCACCUGGAAAUGAAGCUAACCGGAUAAAAGUGCUGGUCCAUUGCUCCUGGUGUCUCUGUCCUAUAAAUAUAGGACCUGAUGACCCUGGAGGGGAGCAGAGAGGUAAUAUAGUAUAAUUGGCUUGACUUUCUUUUUCGUUUUUUAGGACUGGGUAACAGGAUCAUGUGGGAGAAGAUUAAACCAUUACAUCCCUAAGCUAGGCAGGCCCAUCGAGCUCCUCUAAUCCACACCCCUAGUUUAUAUAAUUAGUCCCAGUCCCCUGGCUAAAUGGUGCUUGUCCAUGACCACCCUGACAUGCAAAAUGGCCAGUGGUCCACAUUCCAUCCUGCCACACUCUACUGGCCCGUCUCCCCUUGGAGCUUGUGCUUCUCCAGCUUGUGACUGAGGCCAUACCCGCUUAUCUGUCAUUAGAAGGCCAGAGUGAAGGGGAGACUAGGCUUGCUGUUCUACACUAGUGACAAAUGUCCCCUCUUCAGGGGGCUUCCCCUGACCACUCCAUCUCAAGUCACCCCCUAGUUAUCCCCUAUCCCAUUACCAUUUUUUCUGCAUCACUAUCUGACAUAUUAUCCUUCCGAACUUGCCUAUUUUUGUAAUACCUGCAACCCCCCAUAAUACUAAGAGCUCCAAUGCAA